ACUGCCUACCCCACCCGAUCCACGAACUGAGAGAGCUUCCUCUGACUAGUCUGCCAUUUUCGCCAGAAAUGGAUCCGGACACCGAAGUCCAAUUUGAGUUUCCGGGCCUGAUCCGCUGCUACAAGAGCGGCCGCGUCGAGCGCUCCGCCGCCCCGGCGCCCGCCCCGCCGUCGCUGGACCCGAUCACCGGCGUCGCCUCCCGGGACGUCGCCCUCGACGCCUCCUCCGCACCUCUCCGCGCUCGCCUCUACCUCCCCUCCCUCCUCGCCCACGAGCAGGAGCAGGAGCAGGAGCAGGAGCGGAAGCUCCCUCUCCUCGUCUACUUCCAUGGCGGCGGCUUCGUCGUCGGCUCCGCCUCCGCCCCCGCCGAGCACUCCUUCCUCAACCUCCUCUGCGCCCGCGCCGGCGCCCUCGCCCUCUCCGUCGACUACCGCCUCGCCCCCGAGCACCCGCUCCCCGCCGCCUACGACGACGCCCUCGCCGCGCUCCGCUGGGCCACCUCCGCAGCGCCCGCGCCCGAUCCCUGGCUGUCCCGCCACGCCGACCUCACCCGCGUCUUCUCGAUCGGCUUCAGCGCCGGCGCCAACAUCGCCUACAACGUCGCACGGGCGCUUCCCCCGGGCGCGCUGAAGGGGCUCGUUCUGAUCCACCCCCUCCUCCUCUCCAGCGCUCUGUCCCCGUCCGAGCCCCGGGACGCGGCGCUCAGGGCGAAGAUAGAGGAGGGGUGGCGGUUCGUGUGCCCCGGCACGUGCGGGGUGGACGACCCGCGCGUGAACCCCAUGGGACCGGGCUUGAAGGAUCUGGGGUGCGAGAGGGUGAUGGUGUGCAUCGCGGAGGACGAGUUGAUGGAGCGGGGGAGGGCGUACUACGAGGCGCUGAGGGCGAGCGGGUGGGGCGGGAGCGCAGAGUUGGUGGAGUCGGAGGGCGAAGGGCACGAGUUCUUUCUCCAGAACCCGGGAUCGGAGAAGGCGGUGGCAAUGAUGGAGCGCUUGGCCGCGUUCAUCAAUCGCUGAAGUUGAGAUCAUAUUCUUGCCAAAACAAAAAGAAAUGGUUGGUUUCGCAACAAUUUAGUAGCGCUGCUGUUAUCUCCGAAUGCUGCUGUUAUAAGCUGUUUAUGUGCUGAUACUAUGGCUUGUAUAAUAUUUGUUGUUAGUACCUUAAAUGUGAAGAAAAUGUAAUGUGAUGAUGCAUUUGCACUCGAAAUAAAAGUGUACAUGACUAUCGAUAUAAGAUUGGCCAAUACUGAUGCAGAUUGGAUAUGAUUGAGGCGGAGCUCGCUUCAUAUAA